GUAUCGAUCUUUUUAGCAUUUUCCUUCUCGAGUCGUUCCACAUCGUUGUCACCUGCAAAUACUAAAUACUCAUAAGGAAUGUAAUGCAAUAUUUGUAACAUGUUUCUGCCCUCUAGAUAUCUAAAUACGCACAAUGUUUUGAAUUGUAUCAUUUGCUUUUGUGGCUGGUUUCGAUACAGUGAUUCUUUGCGCGAGUGACUGACUGCAGUGGAGUGGUUCCUUCAACACAAGCGCGACACUUGGCGAUGGAGCAGAAACCACCAGCUACAGAAGCAUAAUCUCUUACAUUGCCAAAAUUACGGGCGGAAUUAAAUACAACUCUCUGUCUCCGGCCUCUCAAAGGAGAGACAGGAGGUUCAUCAUGUCUGCAAAAGAGAGAUUAAAAGGAAAGGUGACCAAAGACAGCGUUACCUUACUGCCAUGUUUCUAUUUCGUUGAGCUUCCCAUCCUGGCCUCCUCUGUGGUCAGUCUGUAUUUUCUGGAGCUGACAGAUGUGUUCAAACCGGUGCGGUCAGGUUACAGCUGCAAUGACCGAAGUCUGAGCAUGCCCUACAUCGAGCCCGCUCAGGAGGCCAUCCCCUUCCUCAUUCUCUUCAGUCUGGCCUUCGCUGGACCUGCAGCCACGAUAAUGAUAGGAGAAGGUAUCCUGUAUUGCUGUCUGUCCAGGAAAAAGAGUGGGGUCAAAACGGAGGCCAAUAUCAACGCAGCCGGCUGCAAUUUCAACUCGUAUAUACGGCGAGCUGUUCGGUUUGUUGGGGUCCAUGUAUUUGGCUUAUGCAUCACGGCUCUCAUCACUGACAUCAUCCAGCUGUCGACGGGUUACCACGCCCCCUACUUCCUGACAGUGUGUAAACCCAACUACACCAUACUCAACAUGACCUGUGACGACAGCUCCUUCAUCAUAGAGGACAUCUGUUCUGAUGGAGCAGACCCAGCCGUCAUCAACUCUGGCAGGAAGUCCUUUCCCUCGCAGCAUGCUACUCUGGCUGCCUUCGCUGCUGUCUAUAUCUCUAUGUACUUCAACGCGACGUUGACAGAAUCCUCCAAGCUGCUGAAGCCCCUGUUGGUCUUCUCCUUCAUCAUGGGUGGCAUCAUCUGUGGGCUGACCCGCAUCAUCCAGUUCAAGAACCACGCCAUCGACGUCUACUGUGGCUUCCUCAUCGGAGGAGGGAUCGCCGUCUACCUGGGUCUGUAUGCAGUGGGUAACUUCCAGCCCAGUGAGGACACAUCCAGACAGCAACCCCAGCCUCCCCCGCUCCGAGAGCCCCCCAGGAGCAACACUGUGCCCAAUGUCAGCCAGAAUGCAGGUCGCCACCUGCAGCCCAACAGCCUCAACAGCAUGAACAGCCUAAAUAGCGUGAGCACCGCGGAUGGCCUCACCGCGGCCCACCCCGAGACCAUCCUGACCCGGGUGCCCUCCUGCCGCGAGUCCAGCUCCCUGAAUAAUCUGAAGAGGGCCAGCGCCGAUUUGGAGUGCAUCACCCCGCCGAGUCCCAUGGGUAAACAGGACUGUCUGGUGACCUUUAACAGUAGCACGUUACCCAGGUCACAUGGUGGCUCACUACCUGAGGAGCACCGCGUCCCUCGCCGCCACGCCAGCAUCCACUCCUCCAUGGAUUCCACGCGCUCCAAGCAGCUGCUGUCUCAGUGGAAGAGCAAGAACGAGAACCGGAAGCUCUCUCUUCAGGUGAUGGACAGCGGGGUGGUUGUGGGACGCCACCAUUCAACAUCCUCCUCCUCCUCGCCUCAGAGGACCAUGGAGCUGAGGUGCAGCUCUGAGCCAUCCGCCAUGGGCCUGGAGGCAGAGCUCCGUGCUCAGGGACACAUCCCCGCCCAGUAUAUGAAGCUGGCAGCCAGCACCGUGCCACUGUCCAACCACCUCCCCCACAAUGGGGGCAGCAGCGGCCUGGCAGGGGGGGCCCGCGUGUCCAUCCAGUCCCGGCCAGGCUCCUCCCAGCUCGUCCACAUCCCAGAGGAGACGCAGGAGCACGUCAACAGCGGCACCUCCAGUAGGGAGGACGAGGAUGAUGACGACAGGGAGGAUAACUAUGGCGGCGGUGGGAUUCCUGGUGGGGGAGGCUCGGUUCGCUCCAAGUGGCUGAAGGAGGGCGCCCCCUGCAGGACUAACAGUCUAACUAACCAGCCACGCAUCAUGCAGGUCAUCACCAUGUCCAAGCAGCAGGGUCUGCUCCAGCACGGCAGCCCCAAGAGCUCCGAGGACGGCAGCGUGGUCAGCUGCACAGGCUCCAUCCAGUACAAGGCCCUGAUGGACCAGGAGGCCGGCCAGGGGAUCGUGAGGGUGGAGGCCCAUCCAGAGAACAAGCCUGUGAUCAAGCCUCCGGACGGCAGUGGCUCCUGGAGGUGGAAGCCCCAGGAGCAGCGUGGCAGCAUCCGCCAGGCCUUCGAGCUCAACGACCUCAACCGCGACACGGAGAGCUGCGACUCGCUCAAGGACGGCUACGGCUCCUUCGAUGGCAGGAGGAGCCAGACAGGCACCGACACCGGCAGCGAGCAUGGCGGUGGCAGCGGGGGAGGUGGUCACCCACACGUGCACCACCCUCACUACCACCACCACCACCACCCCCACCAAGGCAUCACCACCAUCCGUGUGACCCCUGUGGAGGGACUAGGAGGAGGAAGCGAAGCCGCCUCCGAGACCCUCUCCAUCGCCUCCAGCAGGGAGUCCACCCUGCGGAGAAAAGGCAACAUCAUCCUGCUCCCGGAUAGAGGUCAGAGUCCAGACAACUCCAGAAACUAUUUCAAAGGGACCUCCCCCACACCGCCCCCCACACUGGGACUGGCCUAUAGAGAGUGAACAGCUGCCCCAGUCAUCCCUUACCCUUACCAUUCCCCCUUACCGCCCAUGUGGUGGCCUAUCUGUCCCCCCAUGAGUGGCCUUCUACACUGGGUCUAGUCUGGAACCCACAAUAGGACCAUUGAACACAUUCAGCUAGGACUGUAUAUUAUCAAACCCAUCAUGGAUUCAGUGGUGUUAACUGGGCUGGCUUACCUUUUCCAGUGCUAUUCUGAAGGUCAUAAUUCAUUAGCUAGCUCAGUGUGUCCAGUACAGGAAGGCCACUACAGUGUUUUUCCAUUCUGCAAAAAUCUGUUUUUUUUGUUGUUGUUUUCAGCAGUUUAUUGUUAGACUUGGUUUGAUAGGACCUGAUUAAAUGUAUUGGUGUGUGUUCUUUGAGAAAUGCAGUGAAAAUAUAUAUAUUUUAAACAUGAAAUAAUGAAGUAAGCUUUACGUGACAGAGUUUUGAGUGCAGACCCAUUACACCUCUUUGUUUGGCUGACCUUGCUGUUUUUACGCCCCAGCCAAGCACCAUGGUUCUUUUUUGAUUUGAAAAUGAAACACUAUCACACACAAUGGUCCUUUAAGAAUGCAGGAGAUGCUGGAAUAAUCGCCACAAAGUAAUUUUGCGCACACCUUUCAAACCUUAUUUCAUUACAUAAACUUCCAUUUGACAAGCACAAGUACUAACUCUUUUAAUACAAUGGCUAUAGUGGUUUAAACUUCGAAUUUGAUACUAUUUGUUAUCAACAAGAGGCUUUGAUGGCAAUGAACCAUGCAGGUUAUGUAUUAAGUUGAUGGACAUGAUGUUUUGUAGGCCUUUUCCAUUGAUGUACUGUGCGCUUUCUCAGCAACAUAUAAAUGUCCUUGUGUAAUGUGACCGUGAUUGGGUGUUGCACUGCAUAGCAACGCUGGAGGGGCUUUUCAUAAGACGACAAUUGUGAAAAUACAUUUUUAUAUUUUUUGCUAUGUACAUAUUUAUAGUUCUCCCGAUUGAUCUGCAACAAUAUUCAGAUGUUUUCAUUGGCUUAUUACUAAUUAUUGAUAGUCUAUUUUAACAAAUAUGGGUUUAUUCAAUGUUGUUUGUUUUUAGAACUUUUGCGGGAUAUGAAUUGGUUUGGCAGGUGAUUUAUAACAGAGCAAUGUUUUAAGAAAUCACCAAAUAUUAUCCAUGGGUUGCAAAAUUCCGUUAACUUUCCCCGAAUUCCCGGGUUGUCCAGAAAUCCUGGUUGAAUUCCCUCACAACUCCAGGGUUCUUCCAACUGGGAUUUCUGUAAACCCUGGGAAUUUGGGGGAAAUUAACAUAAUUUUGCAACCCUAAUUAUCGCUGUGAACACACCAGUCUUUCCCUGUGCUUUAGCCACACAUUGUAUCCCUUGAACAGUAUAACAUGCUUUUCUUAGCUUACAAGGGCAGCAAAUGAAGUAUGUUAAUAGACAACCAGGGGCAGUGGAUACAGUACCUUAAUCAAAUUAGUUUUGCUUAAAGACUGGAAAUUCAAGAGGGACUUUACACUUUGCAUCCUGUAUUGCCUUUGACGAAGUAUACUAACAAGUAUUCGCUGUUUUUUGAUACAGUGACCUUUUUCCUAUUAGCAACCUGUAUGGUAGUUUAAGAAAAUGUUAGUUUUUUCUGCAAAAUGUUUAACAGCUGUACAAGUUGUUAAUGCUACUUACUGUGCACUCAAAUAUUUUUUAAGUAAAUGUAUCUAUUGAUGAGUGACAUAAAAGGGAAACCACUUUCGGUAGAGGCUGGUCUUCCUGGUACAUUGAUAUGCGCACAAUAAUUGAUUUAAUUGUCCAGUUUGAUUUUCCUGAUUGAACAAUGUGGCAGCAGAGCCUGUGCUGGGAACUUUGGUUAUGCUGUUAGAUUAAAAUCAAUCAUACAUUAGUGUUCCUUGGGCGAUAAUGAACCGUGCAUGAUUCAGGACUGAGGAGAGGUUGUAUAAUGGCAAUAGCAUCCCUCUCCCUCCCACAAGAGAACAGUAAACAAGUGAGUCAUACUCAGUAUCCAAACUAAGUAAGUGCAACAAUAACAUUACAAACACUACCAUUGGUUAGUGGCACUGUAAUUCUAACAUUACUCUAUGUGUGUUAUAUGCUGCCAUUGAACAAUAUAAUUGUUCAAUGAAAACCUUUCAAUGAUUUUUAUCCAGUUUGUUGUGCAAAGGUAGGGCCAAUCAACAAUACAUGAACGGAAGUGUGGCUUUUACAGUACAUAUAGUAUACUAUGCUGCAGAGGAAGCUGGUGGGAGGAGCUAUAGGAGGAUGUGCUCAUUGUAAUGAGUGGAAUGGAAUAAAUGGAAUGGUAUCAAACACAUCAAACAUACAGAAGCAUAUGGAAACCAUUUUUUUUCAUUCCAGCCAUUACAAUGAGCCCAUCCUCAUAUAGCUCCUCCCACCAGCCUCUGAUAUGCUGAUACCUUUAGAAAACUGCCAAGAGCUUACUGUUCAUAUACAUCAGGGGUUUCAAAGACAUUUCACCCGGGUCCACAUUCUGUCUUUAAUGAGGCCUGCGGGCCGUCAGUUUGAGAUCCCUGAUAUACAGUGCUAUCUGCAUAGAACACUAGCUUUACUCAUGACACCUGAGAUAGCUACAAUAGUGUUUACACUCGUUUUUACAGUGGUCAUAAUAUGCCAGUUGCAUUUGGAUUACCAAUAUAAUUCAUGUAUUGAGCUUGUUUGUGUUUGUACCAGAGGUUGGAACUGAAAUUAUUUUCCAAUCGUUUCGUUCUGAACAGUACCAACCAUUAUUAUUUUUUUGUUCCUUUACACUGUUCCGACCAGCUAAAUAAAGUUCUGAAACGGUUCGAACCCCAAAAAUGGUUAAUAUCGUUCAUUUCUGUUCCUUUUUAAACCUCUGAAAUUAAAGUUAAAUAUAUAUAUAUAUUUAAAUGACUUCAUCAAUCAGUGGAUAGAGCAGCUUGCUAUGGAGCUAUAGGUGUUUACAUUGGACAGACAACUGUAGGGUGCGAGAUGUGACAGAAAUUUUGCGGGUGGGGAGAGAACAAGAGAGGGUGGAGGUGGCUUGGCUUGAAACACUGAGCAUCUUGUUAAGACAUGCAUGAUCUGAAUUAGGCCUACAGAAUUGUACCUACGUAGGAGGGGCUUCUAUGGAGGAACAUUGAAUGUCUUUGAACCUCCGAGAGUUGGUUUAACGUUGGACCAAUGUGAAAGGUAAUUACUAUAGUAUCCUUAACUAGCAUUGAAAUAGUGAAUCCAUUCUUCUCCAAUUAAAAAUGUUUCUCCCUAAUUUAUGAAUCACGCUAGUAAUGUAAGUAGGCUGCAGUAGCCUAUGCUUCAGAUGGGAGGGGCAGGUAGCCUACACACGUACACACACAGGCAAAGAUUUUCAGCUGGGUCUCCCGAGUGGCAUGGUGGUCUAAGGCACUGCUGUGCUUGCUGUGCCACUAGAGAUUCUGAGUUUGAGUCCAGGCUCUGUUGCAGCCAGCCGUGACCGGGAGACCCAUGGGGCGGCGCACAAUUGGCCCAGCGUCGUCCAGGUUAGGGGAGGGUUUGGCCGGGAUAUCCUUGUCCCAUCACGCACUAGCAACUCCUGUGGCGGGCCAGGCGCAGUGCACGCUAACACAGUCACCAGGUGUAGGGUGUUUCCUCCGACACAUUGGUGCGGCUGGCUUCCGGGUUAAGUGGGCAUUGUGUCAAGAAGCAGUGCGGCUUGGUUGUGUUUCGGAGGACGCACGGCUCUCGACCUUCGCCUCUCUCGAGUCCGUACAAGAGUUGCAGCGAUGAGACAAGACUGUAACUACUAAUUGGAUACCACAAAGUUAAAAAAUAAAAAUAUAUAUUUUUUAAGACUUUCAGCUGGCAGUCAGGCAGACACUGGAAUAUGUUUCUGAGUGACAGAGUGAGGGCUUUGUAUAGGCACUUUGUAUCAUUUUUUGAGGGACAGAAAAAAACAUGCCUGGAGCAUAAAAUAAUGUUAUUAAAUGGUUCCCAUCCUUUUAAAAUAAGAGUUAUGUUCCGGAACAGUAUAAAUCACUUUCAUUCCUGGUUCUGAUUCUGUUCCUUGAAAAAUGUUGUUUAUUUCCAGUUUUUGGUUCUGUUCCCUGAGCUGGUUCCAACUCCUGGUUUGUACACAAUAAUACAAAAGUAAGACUGGAUGUAUAGAUUUUAGAUAUUGUUGAACAUUUCUAUCAAUAAUCAAGUUUUUUUUUUGUUUUUCAUUGAAACUGAAUUGAUAUUAUAUAACUAUUACACAUAUUUUUUACUUCUCAAAGGGUAUAUUAGCAGCGACAACUGAAGGGAAAAAGUUGUAUAUUUUCCUGUAUACUUGUACCUUCCAUGAUGGCUUUAAACUGUGGUCAUAUCUGCAUGGUAAUUUGAUAUGUACUGUAUCUAAAUGCUUAUUUUCUGUAUAUGACACCUUUUGAAAGUUAUGGCUGGUACCUUGAUUUAUACCUGUACCUAUAUACCUAUUCAUCAAUCAAUCAACCAAUUGAUUAACUCUUCAUUCUUUCUAUCACUGUAAAUACAAUCUUUGUAACUUUGCCAUGCAGACAAUGCUGUUACAGUGUAGAGUAGGUAGGACAACAUAUCUACAGAAAGAAAUCAGGUUUGGCAGAAGAAGAUGUUUGACGUUUAGGCAGAGGAUGUAUUUGUGACGAGUUGAGAGCAUAGAAAUAGAAUUUAUAGAAAUAUAAUCUAGUCAUUAUAUUUCCAUGGUUGCUCGGUCAGUUGGCUUUAUUAUACAUCUGUAAGAUUGGCCUGUGUGCAUUCAGAAUAGACGUGGUGAUUGGUGGAUAGCGUGGUUGCUAACGAAACAGACGUCUCAGUCAGAAGUCACUCUGUAUUUCACCAUUCUAUGAGGUCGACUAUGUCUAAAUAUUGAAAUAAAUGUUUGAUAUCAAACUAGAGAAAGGUUUGUUGAUGGUGA